ACCCAACACAGCUUUAAAUCUGUCAACACUGGAUUGCCAGUGGCUGCAUAUUUUCUGUCAGUCCCUCAGAACAAAUGAAGAUGGACAGAGACUUUAACAUGACUCUCAGUGUCAAGACCGAAGACAAGGACUUAAAUGAGUUUUGCUUCUCCUGGAUUAAGCUGUGUGCCUGAACAAGAAUCUUCAUACCUCCAAGAUGAAGUGAUGCAAUGACAUCUGACCUCAGCAGGAGAAAGAGAUCAGAGCUUUCACAACCCAGCUGUGUAUCUGUAAAACGUAACAUCCAUGAUUCCAGGAACCAACUUUUAGAUUAGAUUAGAUUAGAUUCAACUUUAUUGUCAUUACACAUGUACAAGUACAAGGCAACGAAAUGCCAGUGACCUCUGACUUCAGGAUGAGUAACGCACAGAGACAAACUGGAGACGAAACAGAGGAUGGUAAACUACAGAGCAUCAAAGACCAACACAAAACCUGCAUGAAGAAAAAAUAUGAGCGAUUAUUCGAGGGAAUCAAACUCCAAGAGAACCAUGCCCUACUAAAUAGGAUUUACACUCAGCUGUACAUCAUAGAGGGAGAGAGUGAAGGAGUGAAUGAAGAACAUGAGGUUUCACAGAUGGAGAAAACAGCCAGAACAAAACACUCACAACACUCUUCAAUCUACUGCAAUGACGUCUUUAAAGAGGAGAAAGAGCAGAUCAAGACUGUUCUCACCAAAGGCAUCGCUGGAAUUGGAAAAACCGUCUCUGUGCAGAAGUUCAUUCUGGACUGGGCCGAGGGAAAAGCCAAUCAGGAUGUAGAUUUCAUGUUUGUGCUUCCAUUUCGAGAGCUGAACUUGAUUAAAGAUCAUCAGUACAGUCUUCACAGACUUCUGCUGGACUUUCAUCCUGAACUUCAAGAUCUGGAGCCUAAGAUUUACGAGGAGUGUAAAGUUGUGUUCAUCUUUGACGGUCUGGAUGAAAGCAGAAUCACACUAAAGUUUUCAGAUGCUCAAAAAGUUUGUGAUGUGACUGAGACUUCAUCAGUGGCAAUGCUGAUGUCAAAGCUGAUGAAAGGAGAGCUGCUUCCCUCUGCUCUCAUCUGGAUCACCACCAGACCAGCAGCAGCCAAUCAGAUCCCCUUCAAAUUCGUCAAUCGUCUGACAGAAAUUCAAGGAUUCACUGAGCCUCAGAAAGAGGAAUAUUUCAGGAAGAGAAUCCGAGAUGAAGAUCAAGCCAGCAGAAUCAUCUCCCACAUCAGAAGAGCAAGAAGCCUCCACAUCAUGUGCCACAUACCCGUCUUCUGCUGGAUCUCAUCCACUGUGCUUCUGAAGCUCCUGGAAGAAGAUCUGAGUGCAGAAAUCCCUCAAACUCUGACUGAGAUGUACAUCCACUUCUUGCUGAUUCAGAUCAGCAUGAGGAACCAGAAGUAUGAGGAGAGGGAUCCAGAGAAACUCCUCCAGUCCAACAGAGAGGUGAUUGUCAAACUUGCUGAAGUGGCUUUCAAACAGCUGAUUAAGGGCAAUGUGAUGUUCUAUGAGGAGGACCUGAUUGAGAGCAGCAUAGAUGUCUCUGACACAUCACUGUAUUCUGGGAUUUGCACUGAGAUCUUUAAGGAAGAAUCUGUGAUUCAUCAGAGGAAAGUCUACAGCUUCAUCCAUCUAAGCAUUCAGGAGUUUCUUGCAGCUUUACAUGUGUUUUACAACCACAUAAGCAACACUACAAAAGCUUGUUUUGAUUCACUGCAUAAUCUCCAUGAAAGAGUAGUAGAUAAAACCAUUGAGAGUGCGAAUGGGCGACUGGAUCUGUUCCUGCGGUUCCUGCUGGGCAUCUCAUUGGAGUCCAAUCAGAGCCUCUUACAGGACCUACUGACACACACAGAGAAGAGCUCAGAGAGCAUCCGGAGGAGCACACAGUACAUUAAAAAGAAGAUCAAAGAUGGACAUCAACUCUCCACUGAAAGAUCCAUCAAUCUGUUCCUCUGUCUGCUGGAAGUGAAAGAUCAAACUCUAUCCAGAGAGAUUCAGGAGUUUGUGAAAUCAGACAAACACUCGGAGAAGAAGCUCUCUCCUGCUCACUGCUCAUCAAUCGCCUACAUGCUUCAGAUAUCAGAGGAGGUGCUGGAUGAGCUGGAGCUCAAGAAGUACAACACGUCAGAUGAGGGCAGAAGAAGACUGAUACCAGCUAUCAGCAACUACAGAAGAGCACUUCUUGCUGGCUGUGAUCUCUUUGCUCAGGAUUGUGAAAUUGUAUCAUCAGUUCUUCAAUCCACCUGUGUCCUGAGAGAGCUGGACCUGAGUAACAAUGACCUGCAGGAUUCAGGAGUGAAGCUGCUCUCUGAUGGACUGAAGAGUCAAAACUGUCAGCUGGAGAUACUGAGGUUGUCCGGCUGUAUGGUGACAGAGGAAGGCUGUGGUUUUGUGUCUUCAGCUCUGAGUUCAAACCCCUCACACCUGAGGGAGCUGGAUUUGAGCUACAAUCACCCAGGACAAUCAGGAGUCCAGCUGCUCAAACAUAAACUGGAGGAUCCACACUAUAAACUGCAGAAGCUUGAUUUGCACCAUGGAGGACAUUUCAGGAUCACAUCUGGACUGAGAAAAUAUGCCUGUGAUCUCACACUGGAUCCAAACACCGCACACAAUCAACUGGUAUUGUCUGAGGAGAACAGAAAGGCAACAAAUGUGAAAGAUCCUCAGCCGUAUCCUGAUCAUCCAGAGAGAUUUGAGCAACAGGAACAGGUUCUAUGUAAACAGACUCUGACUGGACGCUGUUACUGGGAGGUGAAAUGCAGCGGCUCAUGUCAAGUGGGAGUGGUUUACAGGGGAAUCAACAGAAAAAUUGGGAGUAACUGUCGGUUUGGACGCAAUGAAAACUCCUGGACUGUGUACUGUUAUGAUGAGGUUUACACAGUCUGGCACAAUAAUAAGAGCACAGAAAUCAUUGCUCCUUCAGCUCGUACCAAUAGAGUAGGAGUGUAUGUGGACGUGUCGUCCGGCUCUCUGACCUUCUACAGCGUCUCUGACACACACACACUCACGCACAUACACACAUUCGACACCACAUUCACUGAAGAACUCUAUGCUGGAUUUAGCGUUUAUCCUGAAUCUUCUGUGUCUCUUUGUGAGAUAUAAUGCCACUGAAGCUUUGUUAUUAUCUGCAUUAUCUUUGUCUUCAUUCAGCUGCACCACUUUGAGACUGUGUUUAUCUGCACUUAUUCUCAUCUACAGCAGUAUCUGUGAAGAAUAAAGAAAUCAAGCAUUCUCCGUUAGUUCAGGCAGGCCUCGUAGUCGUUGCUUUCAGCUGCCCCAUCAGCUAAUUCAAUUUUCAUUACGUUGAUUGGGAAACACUUAACAACCCAGCUCAAUUUCCAACACAAUUUUGACCCCUACCCCAGGGAUCCUCAACCCUAUAGACUGGUUUCACGUGACCGCCAUUUUAAACAGCGAAAUCGAGGCUGCAGUGGGGAAAAAACCCGAUAGUAGUCACACAGGAAUGUUGUAUACCUGGCUGAAUAUCUUAUCAGUGAAGAGAAAGUGACACAAAUGAAUAAUUUCACCAUCUUCCAAGUGACCCAAAGGUCCGUUCUGAAUGAAUAGUGAAAAUAAAAAGGGAUAUCAGACCUAAUUUUCGGCUAAGUUAAGGGAAAUGGCACUAGUUAGCUAAAGUUUUCUUUCCCUAACAGAUGUUUUAGAUGCCAUUUAUCAAACUCAAGUUACUGAACUGAUUCUUUCACUAUAUUAGACUUGUCACGACACAAAAUUUCGGUACUGAAAUUAAAAAAACGCCCAUUUCCCAUUAACGUUUAAGGCACUGUUGAGCGAAUUCUGAC